ACAUAGCUGUCAUACAUCCUCCAGGUGACUCUCCAGUCUGAAACAGUCUCUGUCAGUCAGUGUCAGCUCUCUCACAUCCAGCACCAAUCAUGCCUUCAAACACUGCCGCCAGUAUGUUUGGUGGAGCCGGGGGAAGGGGCUCCAGGGUGUCCGUGGCGAGCCUGGAGGGGCUGCGUAACGUGUUGCGCAACGAGACGGAAAAGGACUCAGCUCCGGCUCCACCAAAGCCUGUAGCUGACCUAACUCCUGCCGCCCCGGCCGCUCCUCCAGCCCCCGCGGACGACAAGAAGACACUGCGGGGUCUGAACGACCGACUGUCCGGCUACCUGGGCAGGGUGAGGCAGCUGGAGAAGGAAAACGGAGAUCUGCAGAAACAGAUCGAUGACAUUUUGGCCAAGAGGGAAACACCCGAGGGGCGCAACUGGGAUGCGAUUGAGAAACCCCUGGAGGACCUCAAGAAGCAGAUCAAAGACAUCACCAUGGACAACGCCAAACUGCUGCUCCAGAUUGACAACACCAAACUGGCUGAUGAUGACUUCAAGAACAAGCUGAAGGAUGAGUCAAAGGCACGGAAGGAAUUAGAGAAAGAUGUGGAGGACCUGAAGAAGACCAUUGAGGAUACCAAGCUGAACCGCCAGCAGACCCAGAAAGAGAUUGAUUUGGUGAAAGGGGAGCUUGAUCGCCUGGAGAAGGAACACAAAGAGGAGGUGGAUGCCCUUUGUGAGAAGAUCAAGAACUCUGUGGUGACAGUGGAGAUUGAUUCCAAGAACUCCAACCUGUCCGAGAAGCUCAACAACAUCCGUGUCCAGUACGAUAAACUGGCCCAGAAGAACAUCAAGGACACAGAGGACUGGUAUCAGAGCAAGUUUGAAAACAUCAAGGUGGUGGAGGCGCAAAACAACGAGGACUUGCAGUCUGGAAAGACGGAGUUAAAGGAACUGAUCAAACGGAGGCAGACUCUGGAAAUUAAGAUCCAGAGUCUGCACAGCAUGAUCUACAAUCUGGAGGAAACCCUGAGGAGCACCAAAGCGGAGUAUGGUAUGCGCCUGGGCCCUCUCAACAAGGUGAUACGGGACCUGGAGGCAGAGCUUACUGAAGUGAGGUCACAGGUGGAGCGCCUCGUUGAAAACAACAACAACCUGCUGUGUGUGAAGAUGAAGCUGGAGGCGGAAAUCGCUGGCUACCAGCGUCUGAUUCAUGGCAUGACGGCCGAUGUUGAAAGCUUGGAGUUUGCUAUAAAGGACGCCUUGGGUGGCGACCAACAAAAGCCUGAUGGUGAGGUUCCCAAGCAGCAGGAGGUGCAGGCAGGAAAGGGUGCUAAAGCAGAUAAAGCCCCUGCAACUGCCAAAGGAAACAUCAACAAGACCGAGAAAGCACAGAGCAACAGCCCCACUGAAAAUAAAAAAUGAGGAUUCAUCCUCUUCCUCUUCCUCUUGAAUGAAGAUGAAAAGCCCAAAGCCUGAGCUUUUUUCUGCUUGUAACAGUAUAAACCUAUAAAGCUACUAUGACCUUGUGAAGCUGUAUUUACUAAUAUGUCAUCAAAUAAAUACUUUUAAUUUGGAAAGAAA